CCUCUAUCGCUGAGUCGAUGUCUGGGGAUACAUAUUAGCCCGACCCGUCUUCUCGGUCAAACAACAAAAACAUGUCCGAGGGUGGCUGAUCCGCUACUAGUUUCAGCUAUCUGCCUCGUCUCUUAACUGACUGCUUUAUGAUUAGGGUUGUAAUUUCGGCCGAAAACCCAGAAAAAUGCCACAGAAAGCAGUGGGAUCCAUUGUAGGUCUUCUUUGCACCGGGACCUGUCUAGUAGAGGGCAAAGAGUUUUGUUUUGGGGUAACAGAUAAGGAGUAUCGCUGUGAAAUGGGGUACUGCUGUGCCGACUCGCAGUGCUGCACAUACUAUUAUGAACUCUGGUGGUUUUGGUUGGUGUGGACGCUCAUCAUAAUGCUCAGCUGCUGCUGCGCCUACAGACACCGCAGGGUUAAAAUGCGCCUGCAGCAGGAGCAGCGACAGCGUGAGAUCAGCCUCAUGGCCUAUCAAGGAGCCUCCAGCUCCUUCAUUUCGCCUCCUCCUUUGAAUUUAAGGUUCUGGAAUGACUGCAAGCUUCCCGACUACGAGGAGGUGGUCGGCCACCCCCCGACUCCACCUCCUCCAUACUCCGAAAACCCUCCGGAGUCGGCCCCAGCCUUACCCCCACAGCUACGCCAGACAGACGCCUCCUUCGUGCAACAGCCCCCGCCUCAGGCACAGUCCGGGGUGGCCUCCAGCUCAUCAUCGAGCCAGGAGGUGUCUGUGCUCCCACCACAAGCUCAGCGUCAGGCAGAAGGGAAUGCAGAGGAGGACGAGGAGCUUGUCACUCGCCGCAGGCAUGUCACCGGCGACUCGGGGAUUGAGGUGUGUGUUUGCCAGCUGGAUGUCUGCGAGGGCUCGGGGCUGGAAGAGGAGAGCGGCGCUGAGCACCGGACAUGCAACAUGUCCAACAGAGACUGCUGCUCCGCCUCUCAGCAGGAACCUUUGGGACCGAAGGAGGGCAACUCGGACAUGCCCAGCCAAACCGGCUCUGGAGACCACAUGGUGUGAUCCUCAGCCCAACUAACUCGCCAACAAGUGCAGCCUCCUGCAUCCCACAGGAUGGUAACCGUUGCCAUUAUUGUCGCCACAGGCUCUGUCUGUUCUUUGAACAAACACAGACAUUUGCCAUUUAAAGGAUGACGAUGAUAACCGGUCUGUUACAGCGCUGUUGAGGCUUCUCCUCCUUCUUUCUCUUCUCAAUGGGAGAAACAACAAACACCUGCUGUUAUUCUCUUUUUUUUUAAACACAGCUAUGGGUGUGAGAAGACAGCAGUUGAUUGUGACUUAAACCAAAACUCACCGUUCUCCUUGCUGUCUCCUUCAGCACUGCUGCCACCUUUCCUUUUCUGCCCUGCCACCUUCAUAGGUUCAAAACAUUUCUGCUCAUCCCUGCCAGUUGGCAUCUAACCUCCUGCAGGAGGGGAGGGGGUCACGCAUAGACAUGCCAACACAGUCAGCAGCACAUCUCCCCGCGCCCCUGCCACGAGCGACCUCCCUAAAACGAGGCAGUUAAAGCAGCGUGGUAUGGGACAAAGCUAAAAGUAAUAACGCUCCUUUUCCUUUCCGAGGAGUCGAGGGCGCAGCUGCACUGACGUCAGCUCUGAGGUCACAGCAACCAGCAUUUAUCAUUUAUUAUUAUUAUUAUUUUGAAGAUUGUAGGAUUUGGGUGGGGACACUCAAGCAGAGCAGAGAUCAGACUGUUGUUUGAUGUUUAAAUGUCACUCCAACCCGACAUCCACGUUGACAUCACAACAGCUGAGUGUCCGUUAAUUAGCAUGAUCUAAGAGGUGCUCAGCACUUCAGUGAUUUAUUAAUGGCAUGCAUGCAACCACCCUCUCCAGUCCCUGACUGCAGGAAACAGUAGAGGAACAGAGCAACCUAGGAUUUCCUCUUGAAUAGAAGCGCCCUAAGGUGGCUCUUUUUGGUUUGUCCGUGAACAAACGUUAACAGGAAUCUGAUCGCUCACAAUGUAGUUUGCGUGCUAAUAUUGAAGGAUGUACGUGCUCUUUGGGUUUUCCUCUUUUAACCAGAUGUUCGUCAGUGAAUGCCACACGGGUCACCAUUAUUUGCAGCAAACGUUUGUGCAGGACUGUGUGUGCGUUGUGGACAGUUUGUUUUUGUGCUGAAAGAAUAAAGGGAAACGAACAAUUACGGUAGAUGCUCUGUUUUUUCCCCCUCCAUAAUUUUGUUUAUAUAGAGUAGCAUUUUUUUUGGGGGGGGGGACUGUUUCACCACCUGCUUUCACCCCAUCGGCUGCUCAGCGCGGGGCUCCGUUUGAGGUCAGGAAACGGACAGAGGUCGACCCCUUUUUUUUGUGUCUGGAUAUAGCUGGGAUUUGUUUUUAGGAGCGUGUAAGCCAGGAUAUUUUGGUAUGCAGUGCUGGUAGCUAGGUUGCCAGUGUAGUCUUGGGUCUGUUGUUCUGUCUAGUACUUGGCAGUAUGCGUUUAAAAGAGAGAGAGGGGGGGGGGGUGCGGUGGUAUUUUCCACUGACAGCAGAGGUGCGUUAGCAAGUCGAGAUGAUUGCAAACUCUGCUCUGCAGCUUCUUUCCGUCAGAUCAGUGAUUGACUCUGAUCACAUUCAGGCCACUUUAGCUCCCAGAAGGCACUCAAAUCAAUAGAUAAUCUUUGCUUCAGAAUGGUAACUCACAAAAGAAAUCUUUGUUAAUAAGCUGACACAGACUGAGCGGUCGGUUGAUGUACUUUUUAGGUCGAGUUUUGAGCAAUUCUCCUCAUUCUCUUGAUUUUUUUUGUCUGCUCUGUGUUUGCCAAAACGAGCACAGUGUAAAGACUCAGGUCACAUCUGCUUCUCAUUAGCUGUUCUCACCAUCUCGAUACGAUCUUGUCAGCAAACUUUUUCAAAACGCCACAGCCUGAAUAAGCAGUUUGUGGCCACACUGGGCUGAAAACAAUUGUACAUUUUAUUUUAUUGCUUUAUCCCAGACUACAUUCAGGUUAUUCUGAAACUUUUUGUACUGAUCUGCACUGAAAUCUGUUAAAAGACUCCCAUGGAUUCGAUGCUUUUCUAGUUUUUGUUCGAUGCAAACGUUUUGCUUUCGGGAACAUGAACAGUGCCGUCUGAUGUGGCUCGCAUGUAGCAGAGACGACCAUGAAAAGAAACGGCAGAAAACGGGCAACAGCUGGAGGCGGAAAAGCAAGCCCGCCUGUGUGGGCGCUGGCAGGUGCUUGAACGUGAAGCCAUGCUAACUCAACAAUGACCUUUCCAGAGGAGCGGUUCCACUGUGAGCAUGGCUGCACACGUGUUAGCAGAAGUAACAUCAUUUUUUUUCCCCCCUCCUGACUGCGUUUGUCAAGCAGCCUUGUUGCAUUUCUGUAGAGCGGAUGUCUCGAUCGUUGAGGCGCGGAGUAAAUCUGAGCCUCUGUCUGUGGUGAUCCUGCCUUAUUAGAGUAGUUGGGUGCUUGUCUUCUCCUUGGAAUUGUAAAGUUUGUGUAGUCGUGAGCAUGGUUCUUAAAGCCAGAGUAGGAGAGGCUUUGCGUCUUUAGAUAGCAUCUGAUCUUGGGAAUUAGCUUUUUUGUGAAUAAAGGAUGUGGUAUGUAAACUUAAAAAAAAGAAAAGCCUGUGGACCGACGCUGUCGGAUGUUUCCUCACAGCUUUCACCUUGGGUUGGUUUUGUUACUGAGAAGUUGAAAAUACUGUGCGUCUAGUUAGCUGUGGCACUGAUGGGUUAUUAUUUUUUUAUUUUUUGCCAGAUUUUUGCGUUGUGCUCAUUACGGAUUUUGUUUCUACAUAUCUGGCUGCAGUUAGAUUGUAGAGUUAAAAGCAUGAGAAAAAACAAUUUGAAAAAAAAACUUGUUUUAAUGGAUUUAUUGUGAAUUAUAUUCAGUUUUGGGGGCUUUUGAGGACAAGAACACAAACAGAAUUGACCUUUAAUGCUAAGGUGCACCUUUGCCUAUUUGCAAAGUUGGAGGAAAAACUUUGUGGGGAGGGAAAGAUCAGGGGGAUUUUGUGCAUUUUGAACUGGGGGGGUCCAUAAAAUCAUGAUAACCAAACUAAGCUAUGCCUCCUGGUUUUUCACAUGUUUACUGAGAGUAAGGGCUAUCUUGAAUUGUUUGGCAGAUGUCAAUUCAUCCUUAAACCACAUUUGUAGAAAUCCACUUCCUAACACGAAUGUGUGCAGCGGGAUGGGAGUCGGAUCUCUGAAUGUUGUGGUGCAGUUCACAUUUCUCUGUCAGCUGAUUGUACAUGACUCUGUGUGUGUGUGUGUGUGUGUGUGUUUUCUAGGCUUUAACUUUGCCUACUUGUUUGUGAACCUCCACAGAGGUGCGUGAUGCAAUCAGAGCUUCACCCGCUGCAUGUGUGGAUGUGACGCCUCUUUGUUGACCACAAAUCCGCCUCCUCCACCCGCGCGUGGCUUAGCAACACAAACCAGAGGCUUGUUUGUUUUGCUCAGCUGCACCGGGAAUCCUUGGUAACGAAAACGCGGUGGCUUCCACCUCAUGCAGGCCCGACCGUCGACUGAAUCGCCUAACGUGUGGCGUUCUCACGCUUGGCUGCGACUGUACCACUCCACGCGUGCGGUUUGUUGUCACUACGGUCCGUUUGGUUUUACAUUCUCAGGGUUACCGUUACCGCCACGUGUCUCCAGAGCGCCAAAGCAGUUUGUGUCACCGUUCUGUCUGCAUCACACAUCUCUGUAAACUGUUCUCUACCAGGCUAUGCAAAAAAAACAACACAGAAAACCUGCUGCGACCCCUUUCUCUGUCCUGUCUGUGGGCCCCAGCGCAAGCAAUAGAACUCUCAGUACUCAUGGCACUGCACUGUACUGUAAUUUACUUUGGUCGGUCUGUGUAAUACAUAUUUGUUUAAGAGAGUUUGUAAAAAAUAUAUAUAUACUUAAAAUGCUACCACAAUGACA